AUGCAAGGACCGGGGCAGCAGCUCAGCGGGUGGCACGGCCGUGGAUUUGAAGGCCUGGGGAGGGAGAUGGCCUCUGGCCAGAUGGGGCGGGCAGAGAGAGGGAGGCUGCAGACAGUGCAAGGACGGACGGACGGACGGACACGCUGCUCCCCCGUCUGCGCGCUCGCGCUGUUCGAGAAGACGAGCUGGGAUGGGCAGCAGAGAAGCAGAGGGGAGAGUAGGGGAGUGGGAGAGCAGCAGCGGCCAGCGGCAGUGGGCAGUGAGGGAGCAAACAGCAAAGGAGCUGAGAAACAUGGAGGCAUUUACAUAUUUACCACUAUUAUGAAUGAUAUCUUACAUUAUAUCAUUAACAUACGAAGUCACUGA